CUCGGCUCCUGAGAACAUUGAGCCGAAUGAAUAGUUGACUAUAAAGAGCCAAUAAUGUAGGACGGGCGCGGCUUAGUAUCGAGCAGGUUCAUCUCCCCCGCGGAAAUUCUCCCACAGCACAGGGAAGCGUUUGUCGGAGCUUUUCCAGGUUUACACCUGGACCGGCUGCUGGACGGCUUUAACGGAUUAAUUAGCGCCGAAAUGUUGAGUUUGGGAGGCGGAGGAGCCAAGUCCACCAAACCGUCCUUCGUGUCUUACGUUACGCCCGAGGAAAUAAAAUCUGAGAAGGAGCCACCAAAGAAAGAGAGGCAUCCAGACUUGCUACCAGGGGAAGUGAUAUUCUGCAGUGCGGACCCCGUCCUCAAACACACUCAAGAUGACCUUUCUCAGCGAGGAAUCUUCGGCACACUUCUCUGCACCAACUUCCGUGUCUCUUUCGUUAGUGAUGAGACACCGUUGGAGGACAUGACACAACACUUCAAGAAUAAGCUGUAUGGUGAAAAUGACAUUCCUCUAAUGUGUGUGGACAACAUCUACGGAGUUUAUGAUGAGAAGAAAAAGCUGAUGACUAAAGGCAUGCUGAAAAACAAAUGUCCAUCCAAAAUGAUCAUUCACUGUAAAGACUUGCGCGUCUUCCAGUUCUGCUUAACCUACACCAAAGAAGAGGAUGCCAAAAAGAUCUUUCAGGGUAUCGCCCACCACUGCCUGGAGCCAAAGUCUCUCAAGUGUGUCUUUGCAUUUUCCUAUGCUGUGUCAAGAAGUCCAGAGGUGCAGCGGUCACAGAGGACUGUUAUGUUUAACUCAAAAGAAGACUGGACUCAAGAAAUGAAAAGGACCAAAGCAAACUUGCGAAUAGUCACUGAAAAUGAAAACUUUGAGUUCUCCAUGAGGUUACCAAAGUUCUUUAUCAUCCCAGCAGCUGUCACAGAUGAAGAUAUAUCUAAAUUCCCAGGAAAAGGAUUACCAGUGUGGUGUUGGUCCCAUCAUAGUGGCUGUGCUUUGUUCAAAGCUUCCACUCUGCCUGUUCCCCAAGAAGAUGGAUUGAUGCAGGGAUACAUGGAGAGAAUGCUACAUGCUGUGGCCCACACCCACCUUUAUUCUUUAAAACUAGAGGAUCUCUCAGAAACACUUCCUACUGUUCAAGAUAUUCAGCAGUCUUACAACAAGUUCAAACAGUUUUUUCUCAUUGAUAAUUCAACUGAUUUUUGGGUGUCAGAUGUGAAGUGGUUCUCCUCCCUAGAAAACACUGGCUGGCUGGACAUCAUCAGACAGUGUCUCCAAAAAGCAGUUGAAGUAGUAGAGUGUCUUGAAAAGGAAAAUACAAAUGUCCUCAUAACAGAGGAGGAAGGUACAGAUCUGUGCUGCGUCAUUUCCAGUCUGGUUCAGAUCAUGCUGGACCCUCACUUCAGAACACUGACAGGCUUCCAGGGACUGGUGCAGAAAGAGUGGGUGGCUGGGUGCCAUGCCUUCUUGGAUCGAUGUAAUCACCUCUAUCAGAAGGACAAGGAGUGUCAGUCCCCGUCGCCAGUCUUCCUGCUCUUCCUGGAGUGCGUGUGGCAGCUGAUUCAGCAGCACAGCCCAGCUUUCCAGUUCUCCGAGACGUACCUGACUGUGCUGUCCGACAGCAUCCAUGUGCCAAUCUUCAGCACUUUCCUCUUCAACUCUGCCUAUCAGAGGGAGAGCACUAUGAAGGCCGAGUCGCAGCACUUACAAAGAGGCCCAUUGAACUGUCCUGCAGUGUGGGACUGGUCGGUGCAGUUUGACUGUAAGGCGCAGGAGCUCUUCAUUAACCCUCUGUAUGCUGAUAAGCUGAAACAAGACAAAGUCAUACGCAAAGUUCCUCGAGCCAAGCACCAACGGCAGUUGUCCUUACCCAGCUCAGCCUUUAAAACUCCACCCAAAAAGGGCUUUUUCAAGGACGAGACGGAGAGCCUGAAGAAGAUGCUCCGCGUAAAGCGCAUCAGCCGCUGGAUGGCUUCGCCCGAUUCUCCAGCAGCGGCCACACGUGAGUUUUAUGAGGCUUGGCAGCGUCGCCCUCUGGACUAUCAUGGUCUGCUGCUGCCCUGCCUGGAUGGGCCUGCCGUGCGCCUGUGGAUGCAGCGCUAUCUCCGCUGGAUCCCAGAGGUGCAGAUCCUGGGCGGGGGCUCUGUGGCCAUCACCAGCAAACUGGCUGAACUCCUGAGCCAAGUGCAGGACCUCAGGAGGGAGCUGGACCUGAGGAGCUGCUGGGAAACAGAGGCCGAGAGCCUCCAGCUGCGGCCUGGCCCGCUGGCCCUGGCUCGAACCUCACUGCGCCUGUCCUCCUCCUUCCCUUUCGCUUCCAACCGCAACUGGACCUUCAAGCCUGCCAUUCCCACAAGCCUGCUGCAGAGCCUUAUGGUGACGGACAAGCUAGCCAGCCAAGAGGACGAGACCAAUGAGGUCAUAAGCUUGGUUUAGCAGUAGGAGACCUCUGUAUAGAGACCUAGCUUAAGGAGGGGAAAAAAUGCCAGGUUAAGGUGGGCUUUGGCCAUUGAUAUGAACAGUUCGUAAUGAGUAAGCUUAGAGAGACACUGGACUAAAGCAUGUAAUUAUGAGAACACAGCCUUAGUAAUACCAGUUGUGGCCUACUGUAUCAAACUCCAAACUUGAAUUGAGCCAUACAGACAAAGUAGUCUAUAUACAUAAGUGUUGCAUUAAUAAUGUCAUGUUUUCCUAAUUUUUUUUUCUUAUUUGACAAAUUCAAGGUUGCACAUCAUAAGUCUAGUAUAAAUUGGGACAGUUAUUCAUAGCAUCAUAGAAAUGUGUUAUGAAUGAUGUAUAGUCUGUGUCUUUGUAAGUAGUUGACUAUCACUUUUUGUUCCACUGUCCAUCUGUAUAAAUGUAAAUCGCCAAUAUAAGAGAAUAAUUAGCAGUGUACCAAAUCAGUUUGUUUGAAUAGGAUAUACUUUCAUUCACAUUGUAUUCUAAAAAUGUUUGAGGAAUUUCUGGAGAAAUUUCAGGACUUAAUUACAAGAUUAUGCUCUUACCACA